GUCCUCAGCGCAGUCUGCUUCAGCACCUUGCCUGCCUGGCUGCCUGCAAUGCCCUUGGAUACUGCCGUCCCUCUCAUCGCUACACAAUUUACAUUAUUCUGAACGAGAGAAUAAUAGCUGGAAAAUACUUCAGGACAGGACGAGGGAUACUGGAUUUAUAUUACCGUGUUACGGCGUUCAGUGUCUUUAUUUUUGUGAGCCUGUAUGGGGCGAAUGGAGAGGAGGGUGCAUCGAUAAUUGAGGGAGCAGAGCAGGACUUGCUGCCUGCUGCAGAAAACCUGACGGCUCGGUGGAUUUGGAUUUGUUGCUGGGACCAGCAGUCGGGCGCGGGGUUGCGCGUCAUAUCAAAGGAUUUCUCCAGACGGAGCGCUUCUACUUUUUGAAACCUGAGUUCUAAAAAACCGUCUUGCAUGGAUACAACAUCAUGGCUACGUUUGUAUGCAGGGUACAGUUCUUAGACGAUACUGAUCCAUUCAACAGCACCAAUUUUCCUGAGCCGACCAGACCGCCUCAGUACACUUUCAGGGAAGAUAUCCCCCUUAUCAAUCAGAUUGCUGGAGUCCACAGGCUUCUCAAAGCCCCACACAAGCUUGAUGACUGUGCCCUCCAGCUCUCCCAAAAUGGGAGCUACCUGGACUUGGAAUCUACCCUGGCAGAACAGAGAGAUGAACUCGAGGGCUUUCAGGAGGGAGGAAGAGGCAAGAAGCACAGCAUCAUCCUCCGGACACAGUUAUCUGUCAGAGUUCACGCUUGUAUCGAGAAACUCUACAACUCAAAUGGACGAGAGCUGAGGAGAGCCCUGUUUUCCCUCAAGCAGAUCUUUCAGGAUGACAAGGACCUGGUCCAUGAGUUUGUGGUGUCUGAAGGACUGACAUGUCUAAUCAAGGUCGGGGCUGAAGCAGACCAGAACUACCAGAAUUACAUUCUCAGGGCUCUGGGACAGAUCAUGCUGUAUGUGGAUGGAAUGAACGGCCUCAUAAGUCACAACGAAACCGUCCAAUGGCUUUACACACUCGUUGGAUCCAAGUUCCGUCUGGUAGUGAAAACAGCUCUGAAACUGUUACUGGUGUUUGUGGAGUACACUGAACCCAACACUGCCCUGCUCAUCCAUGCUGUCAACACCGCGGACACCAAGAGAGGCUGUAAGCUGUGGUCCAAUGCCAUGGAGAUUCUGGAGGAGAAGGAUGGGGUGGACACAGAGCUGCUGGUGUAUGCCAUGACCCUCAUCAACAAGACUCUAGCGGGCCUGCCUGACCAGGACUCAUUCUAUGACGUGGUGGACUGUUUGGAGGAGCAGGGCAUGGAGGCCAUGUCUCAGAGACACCGUAGCAGGAAGGGAACAGACCUGGACCUCAUGGAGCAGUUUAACAUUUACGAGACUGCUCUGCGCCACGAGGACGGGGACGACGAGAGCCAGCCGCCUACCGUGGGUCGGAAGAACCGGCGGCGUGCCAGCGUGGGGGGCACCAACGACCGGCGAGGCCUGGAGAGGAGACGCAGCCGGAGACACUCCCUCCAGAAUGGGAGAGGCCUCACCUCGGCCCCCGCUUCUCCCAGCAGCCCUCACUCUCACGGGGGACACAACGGUAGCUUUCUGCCCUUCGGAGGUCAGUGCAUCGACGACGUUAGCGAAAGAGAGGAGGAAGAGGAUGAGGAGGAAGAGGAGGAUGAGGAUGAGGAAGAUGAUGAGAGUCAUGAUAUCACAGAGACCACUAGAAAGGGCUUCCACAGCAUGGUGCCCGUGCAGGCAGUAGAGGACUCCUCUAGCUUGUGUUCUCCUUUUCACUGUAUGGUCAACCUCAUCCCUGACGCCUCAGCCGCCUCAGAGAGAGAGAGAGAGAGUGUGGCCAUGGCCAGCCCUAUGGCCCCUGUGUCCACUCCCCCUAGAAACACUGGCUCUAACCCCCAGGAUGUCUCUCCCAGUCCCAGAUCUACUUCCCUGGUCACAGCUCUGGGCUGGGGGAGACUGCCAGGCACUGCCCACCCUCUGGGCCAACAGCACAGCACCUCUGUACCCUCCUCUUCCUACCUCUCCUGCUCCUCCUCACCCUCGAGGGGACGUAGUCAGUCCUACCUCCAACCGCCCAAGCCCCUCCCCCACCCCCUCCCACUCCCCCCUGACGUGGACCUGAGCCAGGUGUCUGCCUCUGCUGGGGCCGAGGAGUGUGUUGAGAGGGGCGUGGCCAGACAACAGCGCUACAGCCAAACAGCUGUAUUGUAUACAUCUAGAGCACCCGUUAGUGCUGGAAGCCGACACAUAGGCCACGUCAUGGCGCUCCCUGGCAGGUCCCAGGGUGUAGCCAGCGCCCCCACCACCCCUGUACACCGCUCCCAGGGUGUUGCCAGCGCCCCCACCACCCCUGUACACCGCACCUUUGCCACCUCAGGGGCCCCACAGCUGGACUCCAAGCCUGACAGACCUUCUCUGGGGAGCUUGUUGUCCUCCUCCUACAGACAACACCAGGAGUCUCUGACUGCAGAGAGAGAGAGGAGGAGACAAGAGAGGGAGGAACGACUGCAGAAAAUCGAGAGGGAGGAGAGGACCCGCUUCAAUCGGGAUUACAUGGACAAGAGGGAAGAGACAAGACAGGCCAGAGAAGAGAGAUAUAAGUGUGUUGAGAGGCUCGCAGCAGAGGAGUAUGAGAAAGAGAGAGAGCGCACGAGAGCGCCACCUAGGGGGCGCACAGAGAUCACCCUGAGUCUGAGCCCCACCCCCUCCAGUCGCUCCGCCUCCCCCCGCUGUGCCACGCCCUCCUCCAUCGCCUCUCCGGAAGACGCUGGCCCCAUUCCAUCCCAGACAUCCCAGACGCAGGGAAGUGAAGUAGACGUAGAGCCAAGCCGUGACCUUCAGACUAGAACUACAAGUCCAGCGCCAGAGUUAAUAGUAUCAGGACCUUCUCCAGAACCCACAGAGCCCCCCUCCCAAACGCCCUCGGCGCCAGGCGAGGAGCAGGCAGAGACAGAGACGCAGACAGAGAAGCAGGAAGUAGCUGAAGUUGAGCCCAAGCAGGAAGUACUAGAGCUAGUGGAGUUAGCGGUAGAUGAACAGACACAGGGUAAAGAGCAGGAAGAAAGUGAGGAGGAGGGUAAGGAGGAAGAGAGACAGUCAUGGAAUGAGGUGGAGGGAGAAGAGAAGGUAGGAGAGGAGGUAGAGGUAGAGGGAGAAGAGGUGGAGAUAGAGGAUGUAGAAGUGGUAGAGAUAGAGGUGGAGGAGGAGAGAGAGAGGGAGCAGGCUGCGUCGGAGGAGAGGGAGGUGGAGGAGAGACUGGUCCUCCUCAGUGAGAAGGAGAGGCAGAACGAGGAAGUGAAUGAGAAGGACAACUGUUCUGCCUCCAGUAUCUCCUCAGCCAGUAGCACUCUGGAGAGAGAGGAGAGGGAGGAGAAAGUCAACAGCAACCAUGAACCAGGCCAGUGCAUUAAGGAGGAAGACGUGAAUGGGCAGUGCAGCAAGAUCCUCAACAGCAAGCGCUUCAUGCUGGACAUGCUCUAUGCCCAGAACAAGACCACUGCCGACGAGGACGAAGAGAAGGCGGGAGAGACGGAACAGACUGAGAAAUGCAAAGAGGGGAUGGAGACGUCAUCACUGGAGGGUCAGGACGGGUCGUCGGUGGCCAGCCUAGCCAGUCGUAUCUCUACACUUGAGGCCAGCAGGCAGGCCUGCGAGGAGAAUGUCAAGAAGAUGGAGGUGCAACACCUGGAAAACCAGGGGAGCGUCAGGGCCGUGGCCGAGAAAUUUGGAGACCUUGUUAAAAGCCUUGUGUCGCCUCACGAGCUGGAGGCAUUGGAGAAGCAGCAGCAGGGGCAGCUUCAACCUGAUAAAGACACAGCUCCUCCGGCCCCGUCCUCCUCUCCCCUACCUCCGAAGAAGGAGUCAGAUUAUAUCUGGGACCAGCUGAUGGCAGCCCCCAGGGAACUGCGUAUUAAAGAGAUGGACUUUACAGACCUGGCAGACGAGGAUGAUCUGGACAUCCUAGACGUGGACAGUGUGCUGAUGGGCUCCAGUGACCUUAUGAUCCCUCCCCCUCCUCCCUGUCUCUCCGCCCUGCCACCUCCCCCUCCCCUCGGCCUGUUUGGCUGCCCCCCACCCCCUCCUGUCCCUGGCAUGAUGCCCCCUCCCCCGCCCUUCAUGCCCCCCGGACCCGCCCAGCCCUACCCGGGGUCCCCCCAGCUGAGCCGGGGGACAGGGGAGCCCCCUCUGUUCCAGAAGAAGAAGAAGACUAUCCGUCUCUUCUGGAACGAGGUCAGGCCCAUGGACGGCCAGUACAGGAACCACAAGCGUUGUAGAGAGUCUCUCUGGUCCAAACUGGAGCCGGUCAAAGUGGACACGUCCAAGCUGGAACACCUGUUUGAAACAAAGUCCAAGGAGCUGCCUGUUACCAAGAAAACAGCAGUGGAUGGGAAACGACAAGAGAUUAUUGUCCUGGACUCCAAACGGAGCAAUGCCAUCAACAUCGGGCUGACCGUCCUCCCCCCUCCCCGCACCAUCAAGACAGCCAUCCUCAACUUUGACGAGUACGCUUUGAACAAGGAGGGGAUCGAGAAAAUCCUGACGAUGAUCCCCACGGAGGAGGAGAAGCAGAGGAUCCAGGAUGCUCAGCUGGUGAACCCUGACGUCCCCCUGGGAUCUGCAGAGCAGUUCCUCCUCACCCUGUCCUCCAUCACGGAGCUGUCCGCCCGGCUGCAGCUCUGGGCCUUCAAGAUGGACUACGAGGUCACGGAGAAGGAAGUGGCAGAGCCUCUGCAGGACCUUAAGGAAGGGAUGGACCAACUGGAGAAGAACAAGACGCUGCGUUACAUCCUGUCCACGCUGCUGGCUAUAGGCAACUUCCUUAACGGAUCCAACGCGAAGGGCUUUGAGCUGGGUUACCUGGAGAAGGUUCCGGAGGUAAAGGACACGGUUCAUAAGCAGUCUCUACUGCACCAUGCCUGUUCCAUUGUGGUGGAGAAGUUUCCAGACAGCUCAGACCUGUACUCUGAGAUCGGAGCCAUCACCCGCUCGGCUAAGGUGGACUUCGACCAGCUCCAAGACAACCUGAGCCAGAUGGAGCGACGCUGCAAAGCAUCGUGGGACAACCUCAAGGUCAUCGCCAAGCACGAGAUGAAGCCUGCGCUCAAACAGAAGAUGUCUGACUUCCUAAAGGACUGUGCAGAGAGAAUCAUCAUAUUGAAGAUAGUCCAUCGGAGAAUUAUCAACCGGUUCCAUGCCUUCCUGUUGUUCCUUGGCCAUCCAGCGUACGCUGUGCGGGAGGUCAGCAUCCACCGCUUCAGUAAGAUCCUCAGUGAGUUUGCCCUGGAGUACCGGACCACGCGGGAACGCGUCCUGCAACAGAAACAGAAGAGGGCCAACCACAGAGAGAGGAACAAGACCAGAGGAAAGAUGAUCACAGAUGAUGGAAAGUUUGGCGGCAGCGCCCCGGGGCCUGUAAGCCAGGAGGGCGUGCUGACGCAGGGUCUGCAGUACGCAGAGGAUGCAGCGGAGCAUGAGAACAUGAAGGCAGUGCUGAAGAGCAGUUUGCAGGGCUGCAGUGACAGUGGAGCGUCCACCGUGCCAGGCCUACGUACACGCAUCAGAGCCAGCAGACCAGGCCGUGUGGGUCCUUGGGGCUCAUCAGUGAUUGAAGACCCACCUAAUUGCACAGACGCUGCAGAUGAGAUCAUGGAGCGCAUCGUCAGGUCAGCCACUCAGGGGCCCAGGACACGGACAGAGCCUCGCGAGAGGAAGAGGUCCAGAGCCAACCGCAAGUCACUGAGAAGAACACUGAAAAGCGGUCUGACGCCAGAGGAGGCCAAUGCCUUGGGGUUGUCCAGUGGUUCAGAGAUGGCUGUGUGACAGGAAGAGAAGUAGAGCUGGAUCCGGCAGCAUAGCACACACAGACACCUGGGAAACCCUCUUACCGCCCUUCACUGACCCCUGACCUCUAACCCCUGCUCAUCCAGCCAGCCCGUCAACCGCUGCACCAUAGCUUAGCUUGGUAUUUCCCCUGGUUCAGCUUUAUGAUGACUGUAGCUCACCUUUCUGUCUGUGGUUUGUGCAGGUAGCUGUGGCACAGUGUGUCACCUGGUUAAGAUGGUAAACAAUGUUCAGGAAGAGACCAUGAGGAAUAUGGUCCUCACCCAGGAUAAUAGAUGGUUUUCAGUGGAACAAAGUGGUAUUGGUAUAGGGGCAGGUGAAGGGGUUCAGUGAUCCAGCUGACCCAGCUCCACACACACACACACUCAGGUAAAGUUCAGCAUCCAAACCACUACACUAUGCUGCUGUGCCGACUUGAGUGUUUCUUAAUCCUGUUGUUCCAAUCAGUUGUUUCUCCUAACCUUUGAAUAUGAGGCUGAGGCCUUUGAGGAACAGCUCCCAUCCCAACUGUAAGUCUUAAUCACUUGAUGAAGCCCACAGUGACCACAUGACUAGUGGUGAAUCUCAGUUGUAUUUCCUUGAUUCCUCGUGUCUUCUAUCCUCACCUGUCUAUACAAGGCAUUAGAGGACUAGAUCUGAGGUUCCUCCUCCCUAACCUUUUCCUCAAUUGAGAUUCACCCUAUGACUGAACGAUACAAACUGAGACUAACCUACACAGAAGACCUUUAGCCUCAGGACUUCUAAAGGGAGGGACAUGCGAGUGCUUGAAUCACUGUGGACUUGUGUCUGAACCAAAAAGGCCUCGGAGUUGAAUAGUAAAGAAGUUAGCAUUGACACUAAAGAAGUUAGCAUUGAUGCUAAAGAAGUUAGCGUUGAUGUUAAAGACAUUAGCAUUGAUGCUAUCUAUCCCCACUUAUGAUGAGCAUGUGUGUUGGGCUUGGUGUCAGACAGUAUUUUUAGUUCGAACAAUUUUUGUUCAUAUAAAAAAAAUGGCUGUGUCCACAGGCUGAUUUGUUUUACUAUACUACUGUGGUAGUUUUUUGGGUUUUAAAAUACUUUAAUGCGUGAGAAAAAGGUGCUCAGAGAAGGAAUAUUUGCACUGGAUGUAGAAGUUGGAUAUUUAGAGGAAAAGAAGGUGAAAUCCUUGACACACACUGAUGUACCAAUCAGAUAUCAGAUGAAUUAAAGAAUUCACCAGAUAGAACCAGUAAUGAGACAGUAGCACAACUGAUUAUACGCUCUAACAGAUUCUAUUGACUUUUGCAAACUAAAAUGUUUCCAAUUUUGCAUGUUGUUGAUUCAGUUGGAUUUGAUACAGAUGGAACAGAGUGGAAUUCCAAGAGGACACACCAUGAUGUGUUAAGAGGGAAGGUAUCAUUUACUACAUACAAUUGAAUUACUGGAUUCCACUUUUAAAAAACACAUAGCAUAUCAGAGUCAUCAACUUUGGUGAGAACAGUCUGUGAGCUGACAAGUGUACAGAAGGGACGAUGCUACUGGGUCCAGACAGACUGACGUCUGUCAAUCACGCGAAGCGAAUGUUCCAGCUUUAACCUAUAGGCCUGCCUAGUACCUACAAUUGCACACGUGUUGCAUGCAUGACACCAGUGUUACGCAAGCUCCUGCUGUUCGCUGCAAAGCCUUUCUUCUAUGGUUGAGACAUACUUAUUGUGGAGUGUUAGAACUGACUGGGAGAUAUAUUUACACUAGUUACACGUACGUACUCUCUCUCUACUCUCUGUGUCAACGAGUUAGGCAACAUUUAAGAUUUUGUUUUCAAGUAAGAGAUGAAUAAUAGGUUAUUAUAGAAAAACGAUAUGAGCUUCAACUGAAUGAGUGCCUUUUAUAGACAAGUCUAUUUAUUCAGUCAUGUUCAGGGAGAUAUUUGUUACAGAAAAUGUUACUGUGUGUAAUGAAAGGACUUCCUCCUUAGGUCAAUUCAACAGCUGUGACUUCCUGUUUUCAUUCUUUCCUAGAUGAAUACAUUUCAGUACUAUGUUCCAUGGCUUUAUGUCUUGGAAACAGUUCUCCUCUUCCAUUUGAGCAUUGCGGUUUUAUUUUGAAUCACAACUAAACUAGGGUUAUAGCUGAUUGUCUAACGACAAUAUUUCCAUUUUAGCAGUUUUGUCACAAAAAAUGUUCUACAAAAAGAUUUUAGUUGUUUCCAUUUGCCUUAAUGUAGAAUUAGGGCAUAUAGUAUAUCUGAACUUUCCUACACUGUUGACUUUUAUUGGGGUGUAGUGGUUACAGUCAGCUAGCUAGCUAGUUUUUUAAAGUGCAUAAUUCCAGUUUACAUUUGGAAUUGUGUAGAGAGUUGUAUGAUGAUUCUACACAGUCACAAACAUUCACUGUGAUGGAAACAGCCAUUGUCGACUAAACAUGAAAGAAUAUAUGCUUGCAGCAACACAAGCCACAACAUAACAGUCACACACCUAUAUGUCUUUCUCAUGGAGAACUUACAAUUUGGUAUGAAACUAUCCAGCACCUUAUACACCAUUUGUAGCAUGCAUCUUUUACUGAGGACAACCAGAUCAUUAACAGUGACAAAGUAUAUUCUUUCAGCCUUUUUCUCAGAUGGUCAUUUUGAGUAUUGUAACUCUGAGUACAUGUAAAGUAAUAAUGGGGGAAGAGUGCUGUAAAAUUAUGUAAAAGUCACAACGAUGUGUUUUAUGUCUUUCAAUUGUUGGCAUUUUGUAUAGAAUAGUGUAUUAUAGGUUAAACAAAGCAGUGUUAUUCUAUGGAAAUUGUAAUUUAAGUGAAAACCAAACCAUGCAUGGUUUAAAAAAAAUGUCUACAGAUGUGGCGUUUUAUGGAUAAAGGGAGAUUGAUUUGAUUUGAAUGCUCAGAGGCUUAGCAUUUGUUAUGUUUGAUUGUUUUUCCUCUGCACAUGACUUGAAACGCAUUAGGAUAGACGGAGAGGUCGAUGUAACCAGCUAGGGCUGGAUUCAAUCUGUAUCGCUGAAGUUCAGCGUUUUAGCGUGAUUGAAAGUGUUCCUGCAUUAGCAUAGACUGCAUUCAUGGUAAACACUGCAUAUGUCGGCUCAAUCUGAAAUGACACAAUCUGUAACGCUUCAGCCCCUAGUACUCCUAUGGAACCUUCAGCAGCCUUUCAUUACAUUGCACUCAAUAAAACACGGUGUGAGUGUCCCAAAUGGCACCCUAUUCCCUAUAUAGUGCACUACUUUUUUUUUUUUUUACCAGGGCCCAUAGAUUUCAAAAGUAGUGCACUGUGUAGGGAAUAGGGUGCCAUUUGGGAUGCACACCAAUGUUUUCUGUGAUUGGCUAUAUCAUCUCCUUCUCACCCACUGCUGUACUGUAAGUCAGUGUGGGACUUGGACACAAGCACAUCCAGACUCUGUGAGCUUUUCUUGCGUCUUCGCCCCUCCAACAACAACUGUAUGUAUGAACAUCUUGCAAUUAAAGGUCUCUUAAGAAACA